GUGCAUCUAUCCCGCCUGAAUUGGACCGUAGAGGAAGAAGAUAAACUUUUACCGGAAGAGAACACACGCUCAGCGACCAGUUGGUUGAAGGUUGAAACCGGCCUCCGUGGUUGUUCUCCUCCUCCCGAGCCGCUCACCGUCCCCACAGAGAGAUGCAGAGUGCCGGAGGCGGCGCCGAGCAGCUUCACCCUCCUCACCCGCUGUUCGGAGGAGCGCUGUCCGCUGUCAUCCCCCGCAGCGCCACGGACAUCAGUGAGCUGAGGGAGAUCCCGGACAACCAGGAGGUGUUUGCUCACGCACACACCGACCAGAGCCUCAUAGUUGAGCUGGUGGAGUACCAGGGGCAGGUGGCAGACCAGGACUCCGCCAGGUAUCACUUUGAGGACAUCGCGGGCAGUAACAAAUCUCUGGAGCCAGGUGCUUUUGAGGUGACUAGCGUUGUGGCUCUUCCCAAAUCCGAUGUGUCCCUGUCAGAGUGCAGCUCAGCCUGGACGCUCACUGGCACACAGUGUGUAUCCAAGUUCAACGAAGAGGCGAGGAACACAGUGACCCUUCACCUGGGGCUGUUCCGCCUGCCCCAGUUCUCCACAGAGGUCCUGAUCACCUUCAAUGACCCGCAGAGUAUCAGCCCUGACAGCAGCAGUGCAGCUGCUGCGGGGACACACGGGGUGCCGUGGACGGUGCAGGACUUCCAGCGCUUGUUGCAGACUCUGACUCUGCACAACCCUGGGCUGUUUGGAUAGAGCAACUGCUGCUGACCUCAUAACCACCAAGACAUCUAGUCUCUCUCUGUGACACAACCCUAACCCUAGCUCUGUGACAGGCCACAGUAAACCCUCUAGGACUGUGUUUCUCUAGGGGCCCCACAAGCAUCUGGCCUGAGGCAUUCUUUGGGUCCCAACAGUUUUGGAAGCGGCCCUUCUCCUGCCCUGACACAGGAGUUCAUGUUCUGUUCUGCCUUUAAUGUUGACUUUGUUUAAGCAAUUAAAAUGAACUGACAGCUCAAUGUCUCAUGAUGUAAUUGAGUUGUGUCAUAAUAGAAGUUUUAGAGGAAAAAUCUUGGACUUUUUCAUUAUCUUUUGCUAAUUAAGAUGUUUGUAGGUUGAAUGUGUUUUUUUUUUUGGGCUUUUUGUGCCUUUAAUGGACAGGACAGUAGAGAGACAGGAG